AUGUUGUUAGUUUAUUGGAUAUUUGGGAUUAUCACAUUCGUGGAUGCUAAUUUGGGUAACCGAACAUUUGCAGAAGGAAAUGCUGACAAGCCAGGUAUUUUUAGUUUCUCAAAUUUUUGAAAUUUAAAUUCAACAUUAUACUUUUUACAGGUUUGCAUGACAUGCUUCUCAAAACUGUUCACAAUACAGCAACUUAUUUUGGAUUCGGUAAAAAGUGCAAAAAUCAUGGCAAAUUGUUAGAGGAUAAUUCGUGUCUUUGUCCAAAAUUUUUUAGCGGAGAAGAAUGUGAAAUAAGACAAUGUAUCAAUAAUGGAACAAUUGUUAAAGAUCACGGUGUUUUUGUUUGCAAGUGAGUAAUUUCAUUGAAAUCAGGUGUUAUUGGACAAUUUUUUCAAAUUCGAAAAUUUCGUAAUAUUGAUUCUGGUUAAAUUUUCAAUUUUAUUCCAAUUUCGAAUAGACUCGACUCAGAACAACACUUGCAAAAUUAUAAUGUCUUUGUAAAUUUAGGUGUCCUCUUCACAUCGGAGGAAAUCAUUGUGAAAAUCCCAAAUGUGAAAAUGGUGGAAUUUUGAAAGGCGAUAAAACAAAAUCAUGGGCAUGCGAUUGUACACAUUUAUAUAUGUAUAAAGGUCGAUUUUGCGAGGUAAGAGAUAAUUAAUAUCAUAUCAUAUCCAAUUAUAUUCAAAAUAACAGGUUUUCAACACUCCUUCACUUCCAAUGUCUGUCGGUGGUUUCAUUUUAUUGAUAUUUAGUGUUUUCUGUAUUUGCCAUAUGAAUUGCUGUAAAAGAAAUAGAUCCAGAAGAUGUUCUUUUGAAGAUGAAAGAAGAAGAGCAGCGGCAACAGCGAGAAGAACAAGAAAUGUAAGCUUUUGAAUAUUUAUUUGAAAAACAAGCUAUCAUUUUUUUCUCAGGCGGAGUCAGGAAUACCAAAUGAAGAUGGAUUAUUAACAAAUAAUCGUAUUCGAAGAACAGCAACUGCAUAUCCACAAGGAGUUGUUCGUCUCGAUACAAUUCCAAUUUUCAAUCCUGGAAUGAUUGGUGGUGUUGAAAUCAAUGCUUCUCAAGCUCAAGCUCAACAACAACAACAAAAUCAACAACCAAUUGGACCUCCUCCUUCUUAUGAUCAAAUAAGUUCUCUUCCAAAUGUUCAACCACCAAAAUAUACUCCAACUGAUGCAUCAAACAAAUUAUAG